UGCAACAUGGGGCGGGGAGCCAGGCAGGUGCUUGCCCAGCACACGAGGCUGAGGGUGGAGCGAGAUGACAGGCCGGCUACCCCGCCUGGGAGCCACGGCCACAGCGCAGGCACCGGCUCCCACCGCACCGGCUCCCAGGCCCGGAGCCAGGGCCACAGUGUGGGCACCGGCUCCCAUCGCACCGGCUCCCAGGCCCGGAGCUAGGGCCACGGUGCAGGCACCGGCUCCCACCGCACCAGCUCCCAUCCCAUCGGCUCCCAGGCCCGGUGAGUCUCACAGAGGUGCCGUCCUGCAGACGUUGGUGCCGCGCAUGACCCAGACCGGAUGGCAGCCGGGGCAGCCACAGAGGCCCGGGCGCGCCCACACUCUGCUGCUCCCCAAGUGGGCGAGCUUCCUUGGCACAAACGUGCCCUGAAGCGCGGUACGCACUGAGUGGCCACCCUUCAUAGUUGUCUAGAACGGGGUGCCUCCAGCUGACCUACAAGCGGCCCUGCCCCCUUCCCCCCUCACAGCCCCCACAGGCCAGGCUGCCUGCCACAAGCAGCGUGGAGUAAGCCGCGCUUGCUAAAAGCAGGCGGACCGCCACUUAGCCCCUCCCUUCCCGAGACGAGGCAGGAGCAUCAGCAUACAAAGCGGCUCUGUGCGGCAGGGCUUCCAGCAGCCCGGGAAGGGCGCGCUGUGCACAGGGGAGGGCGGGACCGCAGAACAAGGGAGAUGGCGCCGUUAGGAGGAUCGGGGGACAGGGCCUAUGCGUGUGCGUUGUACUAGUUUUACUUUCACAACUUUUUAUAAGUUUGGAAUUCUUUCCAAAGAACAUGGGGAAAACAUACCAAGACUGGGAAAAACCCAGACACUGAAACAGCAGACUCCCCUGGCGAGGCCGGGCCGAGGUGGAGCAGGUGUGGAGAAGAGCAGGGAGGACCUCAGAGGACAGAGGCCCCCAGAGCUGGGAACGAAGCGACAUGGAACGAAGGAGCAGAGUGGCCGCAGACAGCCCCACGGGGGCCGGGCCCUGGCGCUGGGACCUCCAUCCGGGCAGCUGCAGGAGCCACAGGUGGGGCGUCUCUGGGAAGGGCAGGCCUCCCGCCACAGGCCCUGAGCGUGAGCCGCUGCGGCGGAAUGCUGGGGCUGCUUGUGAGGUCGCCCGUGCUCAGAAUGCUCAUCGCCCGGACAACCGGGAGCCUCCUGGGGCAGGCGUGUGAGCGUGCCGGCGACAGGCAGAGUAUGGAGAGCUUCUCGCUCCUCAGCAUCUCGGGGCCCCGGGUCCCCUCCUCGGCCCUGAGCCCCUUUCCUGACCUCAUGUCCCCACGAGGCCCCGGCUUGCCAGACAUUGCCAAGACUGCGUUCCCCACGGACGCACCCAGCCCAGCGCAGGCCCCGCCGCCCCCGCACCCGAGCAGCGCUCUGCGGCAAGGGGUGGUGCUCUCGCCAGGUGAACCGGCUCUUUCCUUUGCAGACUACAUGCUGGGGGACCCCCAGAAUGGGGAGCAGCCGAGGCGGAGCUGCACCAUCUACCGGCCGUGGUUCUCCCCUUACAGCUACUUCGUGUGCGUGGACAAGGAGAGCCCCCGGGAGGCCCACGGCCUCCCCGAGCCGCCGCGGGACGAGGGCCGGGGCGACAGCUGCCUCCCCGAGGACGCGGCCGACAGCCUGCGCUCAUCCUCCUCCUCCCCCGACACCCCCAGCCCCCGCGAGGCCAAGGCCCGGCCCGGGGACGCCGACCACAUCAGCUCCCAGGACAUCCUGAGGGCCUCGCGGGGGCUGCCGGCCCAGCAGAACGGCUUCAAGUGUGCGGCCUGCUGCCGCAUGUACCCCACGCUGUGCUCCCUCAAGAGCCACCUCAAGUGCGGCUUCCGGGAGGGCUUCAGCUGCCACGUCUUCUACCGCAAGCUCAAGGCGCUGUGGGCCCGGCCCGCCGACCGGCUGCCUCUGGGCGGAGGCCCAGCCCGCAAGUAGCCGGUGGGAGCCCCGCUGCGCUCCGGGAGAGGCCAAUAAACCCGUUAGCACAGCCCGCGCAGUCCGUCAGGCACCGCCGCUCCCGUCCAGUCCCACCCAUUCCAUCCCCUUUGGCUGCCAGUUGCCUAGCAACCCCAUGCCCACACCGGACUCGCACCACCCAGGGCUUGGGGAGAGCCGCCAAGAGGGAGCUCCCAGGGAGGCACCCAGCCGUCCCGCGGGUGCCACCUCCGGGGUUUCGGCCUGAGGACAGGUGCUGCCCUGUCGCACUGUGUGGUCUCCCGGGGCCUGGGACGCGGAAGGUGUGCCCAGCAAGCCCCGCCCGGCCGCUCCGAUCCUCUCUGCUCUGCAGGGCAUCUCAGAAUGAGGUCUCCCCACUCCUCACCCCGCACCUGCCACGCCCGUCACAGGCCACCCCGCCCUGAGCCCCUGACUUCCCCGCAGACCUGGGCCCCACCAGGUCCCCCCACUGGCCUCUGCCCUCCACGCGGAUGAGGCUGCCACUAAAGCCUGGCUUCUCAGCUGCCCACUUGCCCAGCCGCUGUCCCUUCCUUCCUGCUGUCCCUUCCCUCCGCUGUCCCUUCCCGCUGUCCCUU